AGUAGUAGUAGUAGUAACAGUAGUAGUAGUAGUAGUAGUAGUAGUAGCAGUAGUAGUAGUAGUAGUAGUAACAGUAGUAGUAGUAGCAGUAGUAGUAGUAGUAGUAGUAGUAGUAGUAACAGUAGUAGUAGUAGCAGUAGUGGUAGUAGUAGUAGCAGUAGUAGUAGUAGUAGUAGUAGUAGUAGUAACAGUAGUAGUAGUAGUAAUAAUAGUGGUAGUAGUAAUAGUGGUAGCAGUAGUAGUAGUAGUAGUAAUAGUAAUAAUAAUAAUAAUGGUAGUGAUAAUAAUAGUAAAAGCAGUAUUAGUAGUAGUAGUAGUAGUAGUAGUAGUAGUAGUAGUAGUAGUAGUAGUAGUAGUGGCAGCAGUAGUAGUAGUAGCAACAAUAGCAGUAACAGUAGUAGUAGCAGCAGUAGUAGCAGUAGCAGUAGUGGUAGUACUAGUAAUAGUAGUAGUAGCAGUAAUAGUAGUAGUAGUAGUAGUAGCAGUAGUAGUAGAAGUAGUAAUAGUAAUAAUAAUAAUGGUAGUGAUAAUAAUAGUAAAAGCAGUAGUAGUAGUAGUAGCAGUAACAGUAGUAGCAAUAGUCAUGGUGGUAGUAGCAGUAACAGUAGUAGUAGCAACAAUAGCAGUAAUAGUAGUAGUAGCAGCAACAAUAGCAGUAACAGUAGUAGCAAUAGUCAUGGUGGUAGUAGCAGUAACAGUAGUAGCAAUAGUCAUGGUGGUAGUAGCAGUAACAGUAGUAGCAAUAGUCAUGGUGGUAGUAGCAGUAACAGUAGUAGCAAUAGUCAUGGUGGUAGUAGCAGUAACAGUAGUAGCAAUAGUCAUGGUGGUAGUAGCAGUAACAACAACACCAAAAAUGACAGAAACACUAAGAAUAAGAACAAAUAUCACAGAAGCCUUUAUAAAAAAAAAUAAAUAAAUAAAAAAGUAAAGUAAUGGAGAGAGAGAGAGAGAGAGAGAGAGAGAGAGAGAGAGAGAGAGAGAGAGAGAGAGAGAGAGAGAGAGAGAGAGAAGGCAAGAUUAAUCCCGGCCAGCCUCCGCCUCUGCUCCCUGGAAAAAGAAGGAAAAAGGGAAUAUGGGAUGUAACUGUCUAAUCUCUUGCACAGGACUUACUUUUUCCCUUGCAGGUGAAGGUGGGCAGGAAAUGUUGAACCAUUGCUGGGAAUUUUAUUUGAUGCGUAGAGUGAUUUGGGCUUAAGGGAGAGAGAGGGAGAGAGAGAGAGAGAGAGUGGGGGGUUGAAAAAAAAAAAGAAAACGGCGAAAAGAGUGAGAGGUAGAGGAAGAAGAGGGGGGAUUCGAAGGCAGAGAGGUAAGAAGGUAUGGACAAUGAGAGCAGGAAUACUAGAUGAAUUUAGGAAGCAGGAAUGGAAGUGGGAGAGAUGAAAAGUGGAAAAUGGGGAAAAUAAGAGGAAAAUAGCGCGGGGAAGAGGAGGAAGAGGGAAGAAGAUAUAAGUGAGAACAAUAAGAUGAAAGAUGAAAACAGGAAUUGAAACAGGAGUGACAAAUGAAGGAGUGAAAGACAAGAAUUAAUGAAAAGUAAAUAAAAACUCUAAUGAAGAGGGAGAAAUAUAUGAACGAGGCAAGGGGAUGAAAGGAGGAAGAAGAAAGAGAAUCAGAAAGAAUUAAAAAUAGAUGAGGGGAAAACUAGAAAAUCAGGAGGAAAAGGAGGAAAGAGGUACAGAAAGAAGAUUGUUUAUGAGAAGUAGAAAGAAAUCAAUUUUAUGAGAAGUAGAAAGAAAUCAGUAAGGAUGGAAAAAAAAGUGAAAAGAGAAAAAGCAGAAAGGAAAGGAGUAUUGAAGAGGCGACGGAAAAAAGGUACAGAUGACAAAGAAGAGGAAAAAAAGUGAGACGGGGAAGAAAAGAGCACCGCCAUAUUAUAAAAUGAAGCCUUUGAAGGAGAAAGAGAAAAAAGCUUUUAUUUUCAACCAUAAAUUGAAUUGGUAUCAUAUUGCGAUGUCCCUUCAUAGUUUUUCCAUCGUUGGUCGUUGGCCUCUUUCUUUUCCUCCUCCUUUUCCUCCUCUUCUCUCCUCUGACCCUCCUUUGUCUGAUACUCUCCUCCCAUCUUCUUUUACCUUUAAUACCGUAAAGUUUCAGGUAAGCCGUUAAGGAAUUGUGACCCGCCAUGAAAGAACUGCUCCCUUAUGAACCGGUCAGGGACAUAUUGCAGCAAAGAGACAGAACAUUAAUUUUGCUUAAUAAGAGAAAAGGAAAGGAAAGAGUAAGAGGAAAAUAGACGACCCAGACGGUGAGAAGGAACACGUCAGGGAGUGCCCUUUCUGAGGCAACACUUCAGACCAACAAUUCAGCACGAUUCAAGCUUCUGUUGUCAUGUAGUGGUGCUUGGGAAGUUCUGCCCCGGGCCCUGGUGUGGAGACCCGUGUACUCUGCGAAACUGUCCCUCCCUCGUGCUGUGUGAUCGCCCAUUGAAACUUAGGACCAUAUUCUGGAACACUUCUUCGCCCCACCUCCGGGUUUUUUAAGGGAGUUUUUACGGUUCUAGUGACAGAUUAACAAGAUUUCUUCAUUAUUAACAGGAGAAACACUCGUGAUAACCUGGCUAAUCAUCUCUGUAACAUUUUUCCGGAUUCUCAAGAGUGUUUUUUUUUCUGUUAAUAAUAUAGAAAUCUUGUUAACCAUUUCACUGCUAUGGUCGUUUUAUGAAGACUCAAAACACUGUAAAAAUAAGAUCACUUGCUCGGACACAGAAAAAGAAAGAAUAGGAAGUUAAUUUUGUAUUUUUAAAGCUACAGAACUAUCUAAGAGUGUAAUAGAGAAAAUAGGUGUCUCAGAAGUUAAUGGAAAUUAUAGGGAAAAUUCUGUAGCAUUGAAAGGGUUACUCUAUCAGUUGAACCGCAGAAACACCCUCAGGAACCCGUGUCACUUCAACUAAAGCUUAUUGAAAGUAGUCGAGGUGUGCGGGCAAAAAUGUUUCAGAGUACAGUCCAAUAUACGACUCUGCUAUUUACCUCCUGCCUGGGGUAUAUAGAUAGAUUACCAUAACAAUUAGCUUCACCAUGGCAACGUGUCCUCCUGUCACCAUUAUCAUCGCCACCAUAUCUAAAUCGCCCGUGCAUAAACUGUCACGCUGCUUGGUGCUUUCCCGUCAUUUCCCAUCACUCCCCGUUACUUCACAUCACUCCCCAUCACUUCUUAUCACUUCCCAAAAUUUCUCGUCAUCUCCCAUCACUUCAUAUUUCCCAUCUCUUCCCAUAACCUCCCGUCACUUUCCGUCACUCCUCGUCACAUCCCGUCACUUCCCAUCACUUCCUGUAACUUCCCUUCACUUCCCAUCACUUCCCAUCAUCUCCCAUCACUUCCCGUCACACCAUCGACCAGGCCCGUGCCGCAGCCCAUCAGUGCUGCUCCCCCAUCCCUGCCAGCGCGUGCCGCCCCAUAGCCAGGCGUCAGAUAUCACGUCCCCAUCACCGCAGUAAAAUAGUGUUUCAUAUAUACACUCCUGAAUCAUUCAUUGGCACAUGCUAUACAUAAAUCACUCACUGAACUCUCCAUAUACAUUGCAUCACUCUCCCUCCCCAUCCCUCCCCGUCACUCCCUCCCUCCCUCUCUCUUUUUAAUCUUGAUAACGUGGAUUUUUUUUUUUUUUUUUUUUUUUUUUGUUAGACUGAAUUGUUUUGUUAUUCACCUGUCGUUCGUAUAUCGCCACUUGACUUUGCUUUUGUUUACGUUUAUUUAUUAUAUUGUCUCAUCAGUUUUUUUUUUUUUUUUGUCAUCUUUUGUCAACUGUUUGUUAUUCAUUCACCUGUCACUUAUUUAUCCGCCAAUUUAUUUAUUUUAUUUAUUUUUUUACGUUUAUUUGUUCAUUACCUCGUCCAUUUUUUUUUUUUUUUAUUCUCUCGUUAUGAAUCUUGAUAGCCUUGAAUAUUGUGUGCAUAUAUAUAUUUUUAGUCAACUUUGUCAAUUGCCCGUGUUAUUUAUUUACCUGUUAUCAUUCGCCGCUUGAUUUUACAUUUAUGAAUUUUGCAUCAUCAAUUUACACCGUGAUGGACUCCAUGAAUAUUCCCCCUCAGAACCUUUUCACCGCCCCCGGACACACACACACACACACACACACACACACACACACACACACACACACACACACACACACACACACACACACACACACACACACACACACACACAUAACCUAAAACUAAACUGCCACCUGCGAACAUACAUACGAACAAACCCAUGCUAGGUACUUCCUUUACUGCAUUAUUCACCUUACCUUCUUCCUCCUUUACCUGAAAGAAAAAAAAAGGCAGUGUUCGGUACAUACUCUUUCCCUUACCACUCUCUCUCCUUGCUUCCCUUACCUGUUUUACCUGCAAAAAAAGGGUCAGUCUUGUUUCCAGCGCGGCCGUAACCUUGUAAUCUAAGUCCAUUCACUUUUCUGCUUCGCUUCGGGAGUGGCUGCCGUACCGGGAUUUCCUUUUCUUCUCUUUUUACCGUGUUUUUCUCAAUGUCUGAAUGGGCUGGAGCGGACGGAGGUACC